AUGAUCGUGUGUUACAAUGUGAUAAACGAUUCGGCGUUAAAUCUUGGGCUAACCAUUGGUUAUAGUCUGAUCCUUAUUGUUUCACUGGCUGGGAAUUCUGCCAUUGGAGUGAUUUUUUAUAAAACGCCAAGCCUGCAGCGGCAACCCAUUAAUCAUCUGAUCGUAAACAUGGCCAUGUCCGACCUGGUAUUCCCGUUAAUCACGGUGCCUUGGUUCCUAGUAAGAUUUUAUACGUCUCCUGUUGAUCAUUGGCUUAUUGGCGGCCCUCUUGGCCAAGCUUUGUGCAAGCUUAUAGUUUACGUACCAGCGGUUUCCUACGGUGUGUCGUGUCAGAGCUUAGUUCUGAUAGCAGUGGAUCGCUUUGUAGCCGUGGUGUUCCCACUUCGUUCCACAGUCAUUAGUUGCAAAUUGUUUCCCUUCGUCAUUACCGCCACAUGGAUCAUUGCUUUGGCUUUUUAUUCGCCGUGGUUGAACAGCGCGAAAGUAGUCGAAGUAAAAAGGCGCAGUGUCUGUUCGGUGAUUGAUAUUUCUGACGAAAUUAAGUCCUGGCAAAUUGCCGUAGUCAUCACAAAUUACAUAAUUAUCAUCAUCACUAUCGUCCUGCUGGUCAUUCUGUACUCCAUCAUCGUCAUCAAGCUCAAACUACAGACACGUCCAGGUGAACAGUCGAAUAAUGCUGAGAAAAAGCGCGCAAAAAGAAACAGGAAAGUGUUAAGAAUGGCA